AAGGUACGAGGUACACACAAUAGUGGAGCAGCUGCCCCCAAGAGAUAAUUAAUCAGAUGCACGUGGGGUCGCGACUUCCGCAUCGCCAGAAACUGAUAGCAAUCGGUAUUUUCGCGUCUUUUGGUGCAUUAAGAGCCUCGGGGUCCGGCAACGUCGAGAUUCAUUCGAGCCAAAGUCUGGGAAUGCUUUCACGUACCGCUUCACCUUCGAGUCACUUUGAUGCCCUUUGAACAAAAGCAUGCUAAUUCGCUACCUGAAGUUGUCUUGACAAAGUUGCGACAACGCUGCCGCUGUUAUAUUUUUAUAUCGAACUCUUCACUGUAACCUCAUUGCGCUUCCUUCAAUCGCAUCCAUAAUGUCCACCCCGACGUCUUCUUCAACUUCAGCGCCAAAGGAGAGGAAACUUCCUUUUAAGCGCACUGCUAAGCGCAGGUCAGGAGAGGCGUCGCCAUUCGACACUAUUGCCGACAAGCCCAAGGACGAAGACGAUGGCCUCACGCUCUUCAAGCGCUCCGGCAGCUUCUUCGAGCAGCAGAAAAAACAAGCCGCCGAGAAGGCUGCGCAAGCAGAGAGAGCACGCUUAACGAGAGUAGCAGAGGAGGAGCAAGGGGACGAACCAGAUGUUGAGACGCAACCAAGAAGGGAAUCAGGAGACUUCAAGCCGUUUUCUGGCAAGAAGAAACAGGAAAAUAGCCAUGGUGACUCGAAGCGCCAACGCCUCUUCUCAUCCUCUGAUGAAGAGCCCUACAUUCAAUCCACAUCACCAAAAUUGACACGCAAAUCAUCGACUUCCACUCCCCGAAAACCCACGCAACGUACCUCCUACGCUACUCGCUCAAUGACGACGAUGGCGAAGGUCCCACGCAAUGCUCACAUAAUUUCUCUCGACAGCAGUGAUGAUGACGACGGCUCCAAGUCGCAGGCAAGUACGAGUGCCGUCAAAGGCAAGGAGAAGAUGCGGGUCGAGAUGGCGCAAAAGGAUCGGGAAGCGCCUGUCGAUGACGACGUUAGAGACCCUUUCGAGCUUGAAGAAGAGCCUUCCGAAGAAAGGGAAGAAAUAGAAAGAUACGUCCGCGAGGCACAAGAGCGCGUUGCUGCUGCCCAUGCGGAGCAGUUGGCUUUACAAGCCAACCCCGACGCGCGCCCAACCGACGUUGUCGUUCAGGCCUUACUCAUUCCUCGUCUGCCGGGCAUACAACCCAUCAAAAUCCAAAUCAAGACAAGCCAGAAGCUGAGUAUAGUAAAGGAGUCAUGGAUUGCGAAGCAGUUAAAAAAAGGGGAGGUGGACUUACCCAUCUCCGUCUUGCAGUCCGUGUUUCUCACUUGGAAAAGAAGAAAGCUGUACGACCACACCACCAUCGCAAGUUUGGGUCUCAAACCAGACCGUGAAGGGAACUUUUUCCCUUCCUGGGAAAGCGGCAAGGAAGGCUUCAAAGACCCAAAACAACUCAUGAUAGAGAUAUGGACGCCCGAGUUGUUCGACGCCUGGGAGCUUGAAACAGAGAAUAAGAGGAAGCGUGCCCUAGGAGAAAUGGACGACGAUGUAGAGGUCGGGGACGAUGCAGAGCCAGAACCAGUCAAGAAAGUGUCCACCAUCAAGCUGGUGUUGAAAUCCAAGGACAUGGGUGAACAAAAACUGAGCGUUCCUCCAGAUGUCACGAUUCAUACUAUUAUGAGAGCCUUCCAACGGAUGCAAAAGGUUCCAGAAGGCAAGGAAAUCCAACUACACUUUGAAGGUGAGCUCUUGGAACCCAACGUGACAGCUGAAGAAGCUGGCAUAGAGGACAUGUGUCAAUUGGAAGUCUAUGUCCUGUGAGGCGACAAGGGGUAGCAGUUGAAAGGAAUUGUCGGAGAACUGGUCUCCGAAACACGAGCUUGAUGAAUGAUGAUGGAGUAGCGAAAG